AUGAAUGGUAUCGAUAACCUAAAGCCACUUUACUCAAAGGUAGCAGUGGAUAGAUCAGAUUGGAGAAGGAAUGUAAUUAGAAAUAAUCCAUCUAUUGGUGAUUUGUGCGAGAGGAUUAAUCCAAUGGAUAGAGGUAUUAUUUUUGGAAAACAGUUCCAACCGGGUCGCCCCGAGGUCAAGCAAAAGAUAGACAAGACAGCGAUUGUACAGUUGAUCCUGCAGCAUCUGGCCACACACGGCCUCAAACAGACAAAGCUCACGCUCGAGAAGGAGUCCAAGCUGGCCACGCCAACAGGCGACCAGCUCAGCGAGAGCAGACUGGUAACAUACGUGCGCAAUGCACUCCGCGACACCGACAGGAUAUACGAUCUCUCGAUGGAACACAUCGAGUUCUGCCAGGAGGAGCGCAAGCAAAAGAUAUUGGAGCGCGAGGACCUGCUGUACGGCAUGGGUCUGCUGGACGACGAGGACGAGGACGACGGCGUCAACAUUUGGGACGAGCCGCCCGAGAACAUCGUCAUCGAGAUGAUCCGCAACCCCGAGGACGACCAGGACGAGGAGGUCGUCAAGUUUGCCUCACUCAACAAGCUCGUGGAGCGACUGACGCACGAGUCAAAGGUCGACCUGCAGUUCCUCAAGACAUUCCUCAUGACCUACCAGUCGUUCUGCUCGCCCGAGAAGCUGCUGACCAAGCUGAUGCAGCGCUACAACGUCACAAACUACGUCGUCAAGCAGGCCAACGGCGUGGAGAUCAGCGGCGAGGUGGCCAUCAAGGCCAUCCAGCUCAAGGUGGUCAACGUCGUCAAGCGAUGGCUGGACGAAUACUACUCGGACUUUGACGACAAGCUGAUUCAGGUGCUGCGAGGCUUCAUCGAACAGAUUCAGAUCAAGCAUCCGCUGCCCUCGUCGGCGCUGACAAAGUCGCUCAACAAGGUGGAGAAGCAGAUGCCCAGCAGCAAGCUGAUAUUCAACGACAAGACACCCGAGCCUAUCGUGCCGCGCAACAUCUUCUCGCAGAACCUGAUGAUAUACGAUAUUGAAGAGGAGGAGAUCGCCCGACAGAUGACACUGAUCGAGUUUGAGAUGUUCAAGAAGAUCAAGCCUCCCGAGUUGCUCAAUCAGUCGUGGAACAAGGCCAAGUUGAAGCAUCGCGCGCCCAACGUACUGCGUAUGAUCGACCGUUUCAACAGCGUGUCGAUGUGGGUGGCCACGAUGAUCAUCCAGACGCCCAAGGUCAAGGCGCGUGCCAGGAUGAUGACACGCUUCAUCAAGAUCGCCUUCCAUCUCAUGAACAUGAACAACUUCAACUCACUGAUGGCCAUCGUGGCUGGACUCAGCUUCUCGUCGGUCUACCGUCUAAAGUACACGCGCGAGGAGCUGUCGGCGCAGACGCACAAGAUGUACGCCGAGCUCGAGAAGAUCAUGAACUCAGAGAGUUCGUUCAAGAACUACCGCACGCGUCUAGAAUGCGCCUCGCCUCCACUGAUGCCAUACCUCGGUGUGCAUCUCACUGAUCUCACGUUUAUCGAAGAGAACCCUGACCUGCUCAAUCUGGAGGUGGCGCCCAAUCGCAAGGUGGACCUGAUCAAUUUCACAAAGAGGACCUUGAUGUUCAAGGUGAUCUCGUUGGUGCAGCAGUACCAGCAGAUGUCCUACAACAUACAGCCCGUGCAUCAGAUACAGGAGUUCUUGUUGAACAUAAAGAGCGAUCUGAAAGGACAGAGUCUUGACAUGACGCUUGCCGACCUGCAUCGCGAGUCCCUCAGAAGGGAGCCAAGGAAGGCACAGCGAUCCGACAUCCAAUAA